AUGGACAACAGCCAUGAAACCACCGGGGCAAAAACAAAACGAGAAACCGAUGCAUUUACCUCUUCAGAAGGCUACACGUCUACGGAGACCGACGAAUACGGUAGCUCUGAGGACAGCUCUGAUGACGAGUUCACAUCUGAUCGCAAAGAUAAGACUACUUUGAUUGAGAGCGAAUUUCUCCUCAAUGGUACAAACCAGGCUGUCAAAAUUGAGAUCUGGAUAUCGUCGCGUGCCUGGCGAGAUGAUAUAACUGCCAAAUGCACCCACAAAGGCAAGGCGAUCGGGCAUGCCUUUGCCCGAUUCAUCUACCGGGGAAUGGUCACAAAGAACUUUUGGGAAAAAAUGGAUGAAUGCUCCCAGGAUGUAGGAGAGAUAGCGUGGAGGGUUUUUGACCGGUAUGGCUUCCUCAAGGAUAAGUUCAAGUCGCACCCCGUUCACCGGGGAACAGGUGUAUGGAGGUCUGAGCUUGACAACGGCCCCCUCCUACUAAUUGAAAAGGUAUUUAUUACGGACGUCGAAUGUCGGAGGAAGGGUGUAGGAGGCGCGAUGGUCAGACAGCUCCUCGCGGUCGGUGAGAAGUGUGGGGCCAGCGCAAAGCCAAGAGACAUGUCGCCCGGACUCAUUGCUUUGGAAUUCGGCUCCGUUACGCAAUUUCAGAAGUUGACCAGAGCCCAUGCGAUUGUAAUACCUGGAUGGCUUACUGAGGACGUUGAGCCUCAAUACGUCGGCAAGUCGAAGCGCCAGAAAAAUGAAAUCGAUCUUCAAGCAAGCAACACCGCUGUUUCAUUCUAUAGGUCUCUCGGGUUUCGACGUAUCGGCUCCUCACCGUGUUUUGCGUACGCGUUCCAUCCAAAUCAUAGAGCACGAUCGAUCAUCCCCGACAGGGACUUUGAUCCCCAGAUCGAGCCUUUGGACGACCGGGAGGAUGAGCCGGGAAUGGGAGAUUAUAUCAUCCCAUAUGGAGUAGAAAUCCAGCUCGGACAGAGGACUUUGUCAACACUGCAGACGGAAUUUCCACUGCACUAUGCUGCAACUACACUUCCUGAUCUGGAGUGUGUGGAGUACCUUAAGAAAGUGGCUACCGAGGACGGGGUUAACUUGACUAUGGUGGACCGCACACACAGGACUCUUCUGCACACUCUUGCGCGCAAAUUGAAACCGAAAAGCAUAACGUGGCUCCUGGCAAAUGUUGACGCAGCGGAGUCAUGGAAGACAGCGCGUGAUAUAAAUGGGGAUUCUCCUCUAGAUGUGCUUAAAGAUUUUCUCGAAGAUAUACGAACAAAGAGAAACCUCUUUAUGGGAAAUCUGCAUGUAUCAGACGACUUUCAGGGGUUUUCUCCUCCUGCAGUAGAGUGCCUCUCCUUGCUUGAUAUCGAUCGCAUGGGUGAAGACUUAGGCCUUUCCACCUCUCGUCUAAAGUACGGAUGCACUUGUGGUCAGUGCAUUGAAGGAUUUCUCUCAUCACGGAUGAAGCUGGCGUUGCUCGACCAAGCCGGAACAAUAUACGAUUUCCUAUCAGACGGGGUCGAUGAUGGCCGGUACUGGGUCUCGGAUAAUAAGUUCUGGUUUAGAUACGUCGCUUACGAUGUCCAACAAAAUUUCAAAACAAACAAAUCGAUUCGUCAGGGAUAUACGAACAUAUUUUCCCGCGUGCGUGACUGUCUAGAGUCAAGCAUUGCUCCCUCUGUCGAGAAUAUCUUACAAGUUGUCCGUCAGUGGAGUGAAUGGCCCCCCGUGACACGCAACUACCUGACUCGAGCCGGAGAUCUUUCCGGCGUAAAGGCUGUCCUUGCAUGUAUAUUCAACGAGGCGCGGAACCGGGAUGACAGAACAGGGGAUGGUGAAUUUCAAAUAAUGUAUGCUAGCGAGUACUCCUCAUUGAGUGACUGUCGCAAUGACCGUGAGUUCAAAUUCGUGGCACGGGCUUGUGGCCUUGACCUUGAAUUGGAGUGA